AUGUCUACCUCAUCGAUUGAGUCACCACAUAGCGUGUCUAACUCAUCAUUGACCAUAUCUCAGGCACGAAGUCUGCGUACGCGCGCAAUCACCAACGAAAACGAUGAGAAUGGCGCCUCGACGCGUCUGACCAGAGCCAAGGCUGCUGCUCUUUCAGCGCCAGAAGUUCAGAUUACCCAGCCAGCAAAGAAGCCCCUUCAGAGCAAGAAGGCUACCACGACCACAACGGCCACUGGCACUCAGAGGAGACGAGCUGCCCUUGGAGAUGUUAGCAACGUGACCAAGACUGAAAACGCAGAUGUCAAAGAUACGAAGGAUGCGAAGAAGGCAACCACCAAGACUGGCCUGGCCUCUAAGGUCACCGGCCAUGCAGGAGGCGUCCAGAAACUGAGCCGCACCAACACCUCGCGGACCGCUCUCGGUACCCGCGAUGUCAACAGCAAGAAGGCCGCCGUCCCUGAGCCGAAGCGCCCGGGAAGUGGCUCGGGUGUGAUGGGUAGCACGCAAAUGAAGAGAACCUCUAGCCAGAAGUCGGUUAAGGAAGAAACUUCCCAUGCGGAGGAGCCUCCUCGCAAGAAGGUUGAUGUCGAGAAGGCUGUCGUGGAAAAGGCAGCUACCGCUAUCAAGGAGGAUGUCGUUGCUGAGGCAGAGGUGGGCAAGGAAGAGUACAUCGACGUGCCCCAGAACCUGGAUGAAGAAGAUCUGGAUGACCCUCUCAUGGUUGCAGAGUAUGUUGUCGAGAUCUUUGAUUACAUGAGGGAUCUGGAGCUGGAGACUUUGCCCAACCCUGACUACAUUGAACACCAACCGGACCUGGAGUGGAAGAUGCGAGGCAUCCUUGUCGACUGGCUGAUCGAAGUGCACACGCGUUUCCGUCUGCUGCCCGAGACCCUCUUCCUGGCGGUCAACAUCAUCGACCGCUUCCUCUCCGCCGAGGUCGUCGCUCUCGACCGUCUUCAGCUGGUUGGCGUCACUGCCAUGUUCAUCGCCUCCAAGUACGAGGAGGUGCUCUCACCCCAUGUUGCCAACUUCAGCCACGUUGCCGAUGAGACCUUCUCAGACAAGGAGAUCCUGGACGCUGAGCGACACGUUCUUGCCACUCUGGACUACAACAUGAGCUACCCCAACCCAAUGAACUUCCUGCGUAGAAUCUCCAAGGCAGACAACUACGACAUCCAAACGAGAACACUGGGAAAGUAUCUCAUGGAGAUCAGCCUGUUGGACCACAGAUUCAUGGAGUACCGUCAAAGCCAUGUUGCUGCUGCUGCCAUGUACCUCGCGCGCUUGAUCCUCGACCGGGGCGCAUGGGAUGCAACUCUCGCGCAUUACGCCGGUUAUACCGAAGAAGAGAUCCUGCCUGUCUUCCGACUGAUGAUUGACUACCUUCACCGUCCCGUGGCUCACGAGGCCUUCUUCAAGAAGUACGCCAGCAAGAAGUUCCUCAAAGCCUCUAUCCUCACCCGUCAAUGGGCGAAGAAGUACCAGCAUCUAUACAUCAAGAGCUCGCUCACGGAGGGCUACAGCUAUAAGAAGUCUGCCCAAUAG